CCCCCGGCGACUCUGGCAGCGGCGGUGGCGGCAGCGGUCGCUCCUCGUUUGGGGGCUAUGAGGACACGCGCUUGGUCCGGGUGUCCAUCCAGCGGCGGCUCGGAGCGCCCAAUCCCGCUGCUUUAGGGAGCGGCCGUGCAGCGGAGUCACUUGCAGAAGACCCCCCCGGGACCCGCUCGUCUCGGUCCCUGCCUGGUCGUGGGCGUGGAAGAGGAGCCAUACUCUGGAGUGGGGCGAGGAGUAUGGAGAGAGCGGCCGCUGCAGGCGGAGGCGGUGGCGGGGCGCGCCGGUGGCUCCCUUGGCUGGGGUUGUGCUUCUGGGCGGCUGGGGCUGCGGCUGCUCGAGGGAACAACAAUGGUGAAGUCCUUCCUGAAUCCAUCCCAUCAGCUCCUGGGACACUGCCUCAUUUCAUAGAGGAGCCAGAUGAUGCUUACAUCAUCAAGAGCAACCCUAUUGCCCUGAGGUGCAAAGCAAGGCCUGCCAUGCAGAUAUUCUUCAAGUGCAAUGGAGAGUGGGUCCAUCAAAAUGAGCAUGUCUCUGAAGAGAGUCUGGAUGAGAGUUCAGGUUUGAAGGUCCGGGAAGUGUUCAUCAACGUUACCAGGCAACAGGUGGAGGACUUCCAUGGCCCGGAGGACUACUGGUGCCAGUGUGUGGCCUGGAGCCACCUGGGCACCUCCAAGAGCAGAAAGGCCUCUGUACGCAUAGCCUAUUUACGGAAAAACUUUGAACAAGAUCCACAAGGAAGGGAGGUUCCUAUAGAAGGCAUGAUUGUCCUGCAUUGCCGACCCCCGGAGGGCGUCCCCGCGGCCGAGGUGGAAUGGCUGAAGAAUGAGGAGCCCAUUGACUCUGAACAAGAUGAGAACAUCGACACCAGGGCUGAUCACAACCUCAUCAUCAGGCAGGCUCGGCUCUCAGACUCGGGGAAUUACACUUGCAUGGCAGCUAACAUCGUGGCCAAGAGGAGGAGCUUGUCAGCCACGGUGGUGGUUUACGUGAAUGGAGGCUGGUCUUCCUGGACAGAGUGGUCAGCCUGCAAUGUUCGCUGUGGUAGAGGAUGGCAGAAACGCUCCCGGACCUGCACCAACCCAGCUCCUCUCAAUGGUGGAGCCUUUUGUGAGGGAAUGUCAGUGCAGAAAAUAACCUGCACUUCUCUUUGUCCUGUGGAUGGCAGCUGGGAAGUGUGGAGUGGAUGGUCAGUCUGCAGUCCGGAGUGUGAGCAUCUGAGGAUCCGAGAGUGCACUGCACCUCCCCCAAGAAACGGGGGCAAAUUCUGUGAGGGUAUAAGCCAGGAAUCCGAAAACUGCACAGAUGGUCUCUGCAUUCUAGAUAAAAAACCUCUUCAUGAAAUAAAACCCCAAAGCAUUGACAGUGCCAGCGACAUUGCUCUGUACUCGGGUUUGGGUGCUGCGGUCGUGGCGGUGGCUGUCCUCGUCAUCGGCGUCACCUUUUACAGACGGAGCCAGAGUGACUAUGGCGUGGACGUCAUCGACUCUUCUGCUUUGACAGGUGGCUUCCAGACCUUCCACUUCAAAACAGUCCAUCAAGGUAACUCCCUGCUCCUGAAUUCCUCCAUGCAACCAGACCUGACAGUGAGCCGCACGUACAGCGGACCCAUCUGUCUCCAGGACCCUCUGGACAAGGAACUCAUGACAGAGUCUUCACUCUUCAACCCUUUGUCAGAUAUCAAAGUCAAAGUCCAGAGCUCCUUCAUGGUUUCCUUGGGAGUGUCUGAGAGAGCCGAGUACCACGGCAAGAAUCAUUCCGGGACAUUUCCCCACGGAAACAACCGUGGCUUUAGUACAAUACAUCCCAGAAAUAAAACACCCUACAUCCAAAAUCUAUCAUCACUCCCCACAAGGACAGAACUGAGGACAACUGGUGUCUUUGGCCAUUUAGGGGGGCGCUUAGUGAUGCCAAAUACAGGGGUGAGUUUACUCAUACCACAUGGUGCCAUCCCUGAGGAAAAUUCUUGGGAGAUUUACAUGUCCAUCAACCAAGGGGAACCCAGCCUCCUGUCAGACGGAGCUGAGGUUCUCCUAAGUCCUGAGGUCACCUGUGGGCCACCAGACAUGAUUGUCACCACGCCGUUUGCACUGACCAUACCACACUGUGCAGAUGUCAGUUCUGAGCACUGGAAUAUCCAUUUAAAGAAGAGGACGCAGCAGGGAAAGUGGGAGGAAGUGAUGUCAGUGGAGGAUGAGUCCACUUCCUGUUACUGCCUCUUGGACCCGUUUGCCUGCCACGUGCUCCUUGACAGCUUUGGAACCUACGCCCUCACUGGGGAGCCAAUCACGGACUGUGCCGUCAAGCAACUCAAGGUGGCGGUGUUUGGCUGCAUGUCCUGUGACUCCCUGGAUUACAACUUGAGAGUUUAUUGUGUGGACAAUACUCCUUGUGCCUUUCAGGAGGUGGUUUCUGAUGAAAGGCAUCAAGGCGGACAGCUCCUGGAAGAACCAAAGUUGCUGCAUUUCAAAGGGAAUACCUUUAGUCUUCAGAUCUCUGUCCUUGAUAUCCCCCCAUUCCUCUGGAGAAUUAAACCAUUCACUGCAUGCCAGGAGGUCCCGUUCUCCCGCGUGUGGUGCAGUAACCGGCAGCCCCUCCACUGUGCCUUCUCCUUGGAGCGCUACACGCCCACCACCACCCAGCUGUCCUGCAAAAUCUGCAUCCGGCAGCUCAAAGGCCAUGAACAGAUCCUCCAAGUGCAGACAUCAAUCCUAGAGAGUGAAAGAGAAACCAUCGCCUUCUUUGCACAAGAGGACAGCACUUUCCCUGCACAGACUGGCCCCAAAGCCUUCAAAAUCCCCUACUCCAUCCGACAGCGGAUUUGUGCUACAUUUGACACCCCAAAUGCCAAAGGCAAGGACUGGCAGAUGCUAGCGCAGAAAAACAGCAUCAACAGGAAUUUAUCUUAUUUUGCUACACAAAGUAGCCCAUCCGCUGUCAUUUUGAACCUGUGGGAAGCUCGUCAUCAGCAAGACGGUGACCUUGACUCCCUGGCCUGUGCCCUUGAAGAGAUUGGGAGGACACACACGAAACUCUCACACAUUACGGAACCCCAGCUCGAUGAAGCCGACUUCAGCUACAGCAGACAAAACGGACUCUAGUCCACUUUCUCUCAUGAGGCAGCGCGACGGCCAGCUUCGGGACAUUUGCUUUACAUGGGAAAGAAGGUGGCAGCUUUCUGCCCAGUGGCAUUUGGGGAAUUCAGCCUUCAUUUACAAUCAGUGAGAAUCCCUGAUUGAAGAAACUGAGUUUUAUAUAAGUAAACAUGUUACGGGGGAAAUGGACUUGCUCCCUUAGGUGUUAGAGGGCCUCGCCGUCCCCUCCAAAUCCACACCUUGGCUAACGAUGGAUAAGCUCCUUAUAUUUGAAGUGGCAAGGAUGACAGACAGGGGCACAUCUAGAUAGAAGGAGCUGUGGGGAAAGGUUAGCUAUAAAAAACCUGGGAAACAGAGAUUGAGUAAGUGCAUGUUUUGAAACAGGUUUUUAAUGAUGUGCCCCAAAGGACCAGCUGAUUCUGGUACCAGAUUGUUAGCAUUUUCUACCACCUGGCAUCUGUGAUGUUGGGAAUUAUCCUAAAACUGGCUUUUAGAAGUGAAUCAGGGUUGCCAACCCAUUUGUACUACUUCAACAAUGCCAAGGAGAAAAUGAGAGCAUUUAGAACUUAGAAUCUGAGUAUGUCACACCAGCACCAGUUCCCUAUCUGUUCUAGCCUUUGAAUGGAUACAAGAUCAAGCAGUAAGACAGAUCCCAAACUAGUUCUUGCAGUGUGCCCCACCUUCAUCAUUUUCUCCUAGAGACAGAUCUCCCCCCAUUAUUUCCUUCCCCUCCUUGCCCAUUAUGACAUAAAGGAGAGGUUUCCAGGAGCAUAUUUAGACUUUUCAUUAUGGAAAUGUAUUUCUUCUAACUCAACAAUUAGGACCAGCUCUAUUCCCAGCUAAGCCCCUCAAAUGGCUUAGAACACUGUUAUAACACAGCUUAUUGCAUGGAUUAGAGACAAAAGAGAUCAAAUCAGGUCCAAGGAAACAUAGGAACUGUAGAUGUCACUUGCUUCAAAUAAGCUGUAAUUUUAGGAGGCAGGUGGUGUUGAUCUGGUUCCCCAAAAUUGUUGUCAUAGGAGAUGAGAGAUUUUAAUAUACCUUUAAAUCCAGGUUCCUGACAUUUUAUAGCCUUUUGGUACUAUCGUAAUCACAGAAUCUCUCAGCAGGGCUACAGGUCACCCUCCUUACAUAUCUUGAGAGAAGAGCAGACAGUAUUUGCUCUAACUGAUAUUCAAGAAAAUAAAGCAGAGGAAUUCCUCUACCAGAAUGUUCAGAAAACCGGAUACAUUUCUCAGUGAACAUUCCAUCGCUGAUUAUGCAACCUCACCAAUACGCAUUCUCUAUAGAACCAUUAAAAUUUGGCUAUUGUUUUAUGAUUUUUUUUUAAUAGGAGGGACUGCUAUCAUGGAGAAUUGCAAUCCACAGAUAAGUCACAACUUUCAUCUUUAUUCCAGAAUUUUGUCCUAUUAGAUCGUUUUUGACAAGAUGUCUUGGUAGACUAAAGAUGGACAGAUCUGCUCCUGCUCAUCCUCUGGUGGAUGUUCUAACUAGCUGUCCUCAGUCAGGACAGCCAGACUCAAAGAUCUAGAUUACCAUAAGGCAGCUAAUCAGCCACUUAGAGCUUGGCUACAUUAGAAUAAAAUAAAGGGAAGCAGGAAGUCGGAGAGGUGGGGAAUACUUGGCAGUGGGGUUAUGAUCAAAAUUUUUUAAACAAAUUUUCAUAGAUCCCUUGUAAAAAAAAUGUUAUAAACCUCUAGCCAAGUGAAAAAGACCUAAAAACAGGUUGAAUUUAUGGAUAAGACAUUGAAGAACUCUUGAAUGUGUUGGCCAUUUUCUCUAACUAAUAUGUGGUAUAUGCAGUGCCCUGUAAUAGAAGGCUUUGCUAUGUGAAAUUCAAAAACAUCUUGACUUUUCUCAGGAACCAAAGGUUUAUUGUAUAGAACAAGCAAAUCCUUUUAGAACUGUAAAGCAUAUUUUCAAAAUACAUAUCUAGAUCAGGAAUAGACCCUUUUGCUAGUAUGCUCAACUUGUUUAUUCCCUCUAGGGGACAAGAAAGAAAACAUGAAAAUUAAUUCAUUUGACAACCCUGAUAUAAUUUCUGAGCGAGAAAGAGGUAGAAGUUGAUGAUCAAUCACCCUAAACAAACUAAGGUGGUUGGCAUGGGUGGUAUGACAAAGUAAUCUGCAUUAACUAUUGAGUAAUAAAUUAUAGAAAACAUAUUACUGAUCCUUUGUUAGUAUCCGUCUUUGAGGGCUUUUUUUUUUUUAAACAUUUUACCCUGUUUUUGAUCUUCCUACUAAUUGGCCUUAUCAGUGUUUUAUCCAUUCUUUGAUUCCACACAGGUAGUGUUUCAAUUUUUGAUAUAUUUUUAAAAUAUUUUAUAGCAGACCAAAAUUUUAAAUAAUUACCCAAAAAUCCAUUUAGAUUAUUUUAAGAUGAGAUGAAAUUAUUGCUACACCCUGAAUGGAAUUUCUUCCCAUGGAUAUUUUUGGGCCUAAGAUUUCAAGAUGCACUUGGACAUCAUAUCAUAUAGACGGACAAAGGAAACAACUUAACAUGAUUUACCUCUGAUUUCAGCCCAAGGUUCAAAUCCAUCUUGCAGUCCAUUUUGUUCCUUAUUUAUAUUUCUCUAUUCAUUGUUUCUGCUAGAAUAAUACAUAGGAUUUGUACAGAAGCAUAUGAAAUUAUGUGGCCGUUGUAUGUCAAGAUUGUGCAGUAUUUACAGUAGAAUUCCAAAGAGAACCCGUUUUCGUGAUACUUAUGGACCAAGGGGUUUAAUUCACAAUGAACUGGUUACUCACUGUGACCCCUUUGUUCUGUUUUGAUACUAGCCCACCACAAAUGCCCUUUUCAAAAGAGAUUUACUUGUCGGUCUAUGGCCUUACUUUGAAAGUCUUGUUGUCCUAGUGUGAAAUGAACCAAAAAUUUUAAAGGGGCCUUUAGUACUUGGUGAGCUACUUAAAAGUUUUAUAAAAUAUCCCACAUAACACCAAAUCUCUCAGUCCUCAUAGGCAUUUAAGUCUAAUAGUCAUGCUUUAAACAUGACUUAAAUCUAUGCCACCAAAAUGGUGCACUUCACAGCUUCACCAGACUGCAGAAUCAUAAAGUUAAUUUAUAGUUUUUACAACAUUGCUUGUGCAGUCUUACUGGUUUACAUUAUAUCCUUUAAGUUGAAAGGAAGCUUGCUCUAUGGAUUUAAAUGCAAACUUCAUUUACCGGUGCAGGAAGUCACAUAAAACUCAGAUGUACCAUCACAAAAAUUUUAUUGGCCUUUUUUUUAAGAGAUGGCAAGAAAUUGACACAGUUUUCCUUAAAGAGGAGAACUUUAAAAAAAAAAAAAAAAAAUCUCCAACUGCAGCUGUUAUCCUUUUCCAUAGUCCGCAUAUUUUUCUUUCAGUUGGCUUUGAGGGGAUAUUAAGUCAAAUCACUAUAACAGGGGUUCUCUUUGGUUUAAGGUUCUGGAUCUAUUGCAACUAUUUUCCUUGACAGAAAUUCUCAAUACGUGGAUUAAGAAGCAAAGGUAGAAUAUUAAAAUGAUGUAAUCGUUUGGUUUUGGAUAGUAGUCUCCACCUGCCAAACUUCCGGCAGAUUUACCUGUGAAUUUCAAAAGGUUACAUAAUUUUUCAGUGUGCUUUUGUUCUCCCUUUUAGCCAUUUCCCUUCAAUCUCUUAGUCCCUCUGUCCACUUUAAAUGUGUUGAAAAAUACAGCUGUUAGAUGUGUUGAAAUGUUCUCCCAGAAAUAUAUGUUCCAGCUCUUAGAAGUUCAGAGAAACUGAAAGAGCUGAGAAUUGUGCCUCUCCAGCCAUCCUGUGGCCCAUUUUAAUUAUUUUUCCUCCUGAAAUAUCGUGAAGUUCUGACUCCUUAGUAGCUCCCAUUGGCUGGAUGAGAGGCGACAUCUACAACAAAUGGGAGAGCAAAAUGUUGUCCUAAAAGAUAGUGACAAAAUUUUAUUAGCCCAUUGGUGUUAGUUGCCAUAGAGCUGUAUUUGAAAAUUGAUGCUUUAGCCAAAAGAUGAAUGGCCACUGUUUCUGCCGUUUCCACUGUUCUGUCUGCAUAGAAUUUUCCUGAACUACAAGCAAAAAUGUAUUUUGUCAAAUGUCACAACAGUGAAAAUGUUACUAAUCUUAGAUGUGUUGCAUAUUUUGCAUUUUUACUUUCCAAAGUCUUUCAAAAGCUGCAGUUCUAGAGCUGUUUGGCUGUAUUGGCUGCAUGUGGUGUUUUUGCAAAAGCAAUUCUAGGAGAGCCAGUGUCAACUUUGAACUCCUCACAUCCCCAAUGCAGGGCCAUUAACCAAAUUAAAACGGCAAUGUGUAUGCUGUCUUUUUCCCAAAAGAUCAAAGGGGAUGGAAAUCAGACCUGGCCCAUUAGUCACUAGUGUGUAGUGCUGUGAUCUGAAGUAGGAAAUUUAACUCACAUAGAAUAAUUGUGGUUUUUGAAGCAGCUACUCAUCGCUUUUUCUUUCUGCUGUGAAGAUCAUGGAUUUGGAACAUCCUCACGAGGUGGGCCUAAGACAGUGAGUGACAUUACUCUUCAUGUCCUAGAACCCACCCUCCAUGUGAACCCAAAGAUUAAAAAAGACAGUAAGCUUCAUGUUUAGGCCUGAGCUUAAAUCCUUAUUCCCUCACCCCUUAAUUUUGAAUUCAGUGGGGGGUACACCUUUUUUCCCCAAAAGUUAUACUUUUGAAUUAUAAAAUAUCUCUUGAAAUUUGGAAAUGCAGUUCUUUGCAUGAAUGGUAAUAAGUGUCCAAAACUCUCACAAAAGGCUUCACCACAAUGGAAUUGGCCUUUUGCCUCAAAUUUUGCUAACCCUAAAAAAUAUUUCACUUAUUUCAGGCAUUAUUUAUGUACAAGUUCCCAAGUUGGGCAAAUUAUACAAUUCCAUUAAAAUGUGACAGAUGAAAUGGGUGAAGAUUUAACAGAGGUUCUGUUGAAAUCAUGAAAAGGAAAGAGGAUUUUUGAGGGGAGUUUGUAGGAAGAAUAUGUUGCCUUAUGAUCCCAUUACUGAAACAUUUCCAUGACAAUUUCAGAAAUAGUUCUAAUAAUUCUAAAUCUCUCUAUUAAUGAGCCCCAAUGAUGCUCAGGGGAAGUCAUGCUUUACUAGGAGGUGUCAAUCUAAGUCUCUUCAGAGUAUGACUAAAAAUUUCCAUUAAAAAACACUUCCCAAAACUAGUCCCAGCUUACAUAGGCUGCUCCCUUUCAAAAGUUCUCUGUAUGAGGGUGGGAAAAACUCAGUCUGUGGGAAUUUUCUAGUCAGGAAAACAAUUUUCUUCUUUUAAAAAUUGGAACAAAGACUCCUAAUUAAAGUUUCCCAUUCUUCAUAAUCGUAUCUGAUUGGCACAGUAAGGCUCGAUCAAGAAAUGUUGCAAAAAUAAGCGUUUAGAUGAAAACUGACUUAUUCUCCUGACCAAGACUCAAACACUAUGAGUAAUUGAUUACCUCCAUUUCUGCAUGAAAUAAUUUUAAAACAGAUUUCAUUUUUUUCUGUUUAUUUUUGGAAGGUGUGUUGGGGGGCAGGCUCUUUCAAGUGAUUCAUAUCUCAGACCCAUCCCACUUUCAACUUUUAUUUGAUGUGUUCAAAGCCAAAAAAAAAAAAAAGCAGGGCUGAACACUUAAUUUGACAUGAAGCUGAUGGAGUGAGCAAGCCAGAGGAGAGAAUUUGAAUAAAGCAUGGCCUUGGCUUCAUACCACACUUUUUGUGCCUUGUAUUAUCAAUGUAAAUUCUGAAUGUUGUACAGUAAAUAUUUGGAUGGACUUCUUAGAAAAGGCUGCACUGGCUUCUUUUUCAGCACAUGUACAUAUCUAUAAAUAUAUAUACAUAUAUAUUUGGUAUUGCCAAACAUCUGUGUUAUAUUGUAUUGAACAAAAUGGACAGUUUGGAUGUUUUAUGUAGAGUUUGCAAAAAACACUGGAUGGUUACAGACUUUUCAAGAUAAAUGUACAGGC